AUGGUUGAAAAGAUAACAGAAUUACCAAAUAAGGAUGAUGAAGAUGAGGAUGAGGAAAUAGACGAGGAGGAAGAAGUGGAAGUUGAAGAUGAGGAAGAUGAUGAUAAUGAUGAGAAUGAAGAGGUGGAAGAUGAAAGUGAAGAAAAUGAACAACAACAUGAAGUUUUGAAAAUUGAAACUGAAUUGGUAAAAAUUGAUAAAGAAUGCAGUGGAAUGACAGAAGCAACGAAAGCAGUUUUAGCUGCAAAAAAACGACAAGAAGAGGAAUAUCGCUUACAGUAUGAAGCACGUCGAAAAGAGGAAUGUGAACGUGUAGAGCAAGAAUUAAGAAGUUUACGUGAAAAACAAGAAAGACGUCGACGUAAACGUGAACAAGAAGAAAAAGAAUUAGCGGAGAAAAUACGUUUAGCUGAAGAGAAACAUCGUCAAGAAGAAAUAAAAAGUAAAGCUCGAAUAGAAGCACAAAAACGGAAAAGGGAAGAAGAACGAUGUAAAAAGCAAGCAAUGCUUGCCGGUUCAUUAGCCGGUAUUGUUUCAUCCGGUAACAACGGUAAUCCUAAUUUUGUCAUUCAAAAACGCGAAAAAUUAGAACGAAACAAAAAUGAUAAAGGAAGAGAAGAAAGAGAAGAAGCUAAACGUGCUUAUAUGAUAAUAGUAAAUCAAAAACCGGAUAUUUCCAAUUUACUGAUAAAUGAUUUGAAAAUAAAAAUUCACGAAUUAUAUUCACGUAUUUGCAAAUUGGAAGCAUUCAAAUAUGAUCUCGAAAAACGGCACGAACGACAACUUUAUGAUUUAAAAGAAUUACAUGAACGUGAAAAGCAAGUAGCACGACAUCGAGCGCUUCAACGUGGACUUGAUCCGAAUGAAGCAGCAGCAUCACCACAUCCUCCGAAAAUUAAUGUAUCAUCCAAAUUUGAUCGACAAUUCGAUCGCCGAUCCUAUGAUGAUCGUCGAAUAAUAUUUGAAAAACCUCCGGUUGAAAAACCGUUACCGAUCGUUCAUGGUACCGCACGACCACCACCUGAAUGGGGACGUACAGAAAAUGAAGAAUUGGAAUUGCUUCGAAAAAUUAUCGAACCACGCAAAUAUAUCGAAGAAAUAAAAGUGACAAAUGUUCGGCCACCCAUUGAGCCUAUACCAUUAUCGAUACCACAAAUGGAUUAA